AUGGAGGCUUCCCUCCCUCCCUCUCCUCUCUUCUCGAGUUGUCGGAGCCCGGGGGGCUUCUGCAGUCAUCCCGUCCGACUUCUCACCCGUUUUUUUUCUCGCAGAUGGCAGCGCAGGGGAAAGACGACCGCUCACGACGCCGCCGCCGCCACCGGCGACGCAGGGGUUCUCGGUCAUUACAGAGGCCGCGUUCCCGGCCUUAGCGUCCUCCUGCUCCUCGUGGUGGCGCCGCCGCUUCUCCUGUGGUCCAUCGACACGGCCGUCAUCCGCAGCGACGCCUGGCAGUCCGCCGUCUCCAGCCACCCCUACCCUACCGCUUUCAUCGCCGCCUCCGGCACCCGCUCCGCCGCCGGCCCAGUCCGGCAGAUCGCCGGGCGGGCAAGUGAUCCCACCACCAACACCGGCGUCCAGAGCCCGGCGGCAGCUCCGCCGCCGCUGGGUGGCUGGAUAUCCGUCGAGUUGGAGCCCAACCUGACCUCGAUGCUCCUGUUCCGGUGGCUGACCCCCGGAGGGGAGAUCUGCCGUGACGCCCGCACCACCAACAUCUCCAUUCCUGCCCUCGACGCUGGCAGUGGGGGGCGUGGGACCCUCGACUUAUCCGCCGGGCCGGUCCACGAGUUCGCCAUCUUCUCCCUGUACGACGGCGGGGGCCGCCGGUGCCUGGGCGGAGACUACUUCGAGACGGACCUCUCCGGCGCUCGGUGGAAGGCCCGCCCCCCUGUCAAGGACCACGGUGACGGCUCCUACGCGAUACGGCUGCAGGUGCACCCGGACUUCGCCGGCGAGUACAACCUCACCGUGGUCCUCCUCUUCCGCAGCUUCGAGGGGCUCAGGUUCUCCACCGAACGAUUCGCCUUCCGCCGGGAGCUGCGCAGGAUCCCCAUCCGCUUCCGCAGGCCGCAGGCGGCGGCGGGCUCCUCGCCGGAGGAGCUGCGGCCCUGCCGGGCGGCGGACUUCCGGUCGCGGGGGGCGUGGUCGGGGCGGUGGACGCGCCACGCCGGCAACGACUCGUGUGCCGUCGCGCGCGACGGCCGCUACCGUUGCCUCGAUCCGGGUCACCCCUGCGCGUCGCCGUGGUGCCGCGGCCCGCUGGGGGCGUUGGAGAGCAACGGCUGGGUCUACUCGGCGCACUGCUCCUUCCGGGUGUUCACGCAGGAGAUCGCCUGGCGGUGCCUGCGGGGGCGGUGGCUCUUCUUCUGGGGGGACUCCAACCACGUCGACACCGUCCGCAACAUGCUCAACUUCGUCCUCGGCCUGCCGGAGGUCCAGUCGGUGCCGCGGCGGUUCGAUGGCCGCUUCACCAACCCGAGCAACUCCCGCCAGUGGGUCCGGAUAACCAGCGUCUUCAACGGGCACUGGAACGAGACCCAGAACUACCAGGGCCUCCACUCCCUGCGCGAUGACGGCUUCAGAGCGCUGGUCAGGAGCUACUUCGAGGAGGACGGCGGUGCCCCCGACGCCGUCGUGCUCAACUCCGGCCUACACGACGGGGUCUACUGGCGGAGCAUCCGGGCCUUCGCGGAAGGAGCCGAGUACGCCGCCGCCUUCUGGGAGGAGGUCCUCGGAGGCCUGUGGGCGAGGGGGAAGGCCCUGCCGGCGGUGUUCUACCGGACGACCGUUGCGACGGGGGGGUACGCCUGGAGCAUGGCCUUCAACCCGCAGAAGAUGGAGGCGUUCAACGGGGUGCUGGUGGAGAAGCUGCGAGCGAGGGGGCUGCUCACCGGCGGCGUCAUCGACCAGUUUGACAUGACCUUCCCCUGGCACUGGGACAACCGGUGCAGCGACGGCGUCCACUACGGGAGGGCUCCGGCUAAGGCCAGGUGGCGCGACGGCGAGAUCGGGCACCACUACUUCGUGGACCUGAUGCUCGUCCACGUCCUCCUCAACGCCUUCUGCAACGCCGCCGGGCACCACCAUAGAUAA